AUGGAGAGAUCAAAUCCGCCUCUCGGUCAUUCCAGCACCUAUGGCCGAGCGUGUACGCAUUGUUAUAAGGCAAAAUGCCGAUGCCUCCGUCUCAAGAAAAGGUGCCAGCCGUCAGAAUCGGCUCGCAGGCGUCAUGCUCAAGUGGCCGAAGAGUCCGAUACGCGGAUCGCCCGAUUGGAAGACAGGAUGGAGAGUUUGCUGACUGCAAUGCAAUCUUUCAUCGGUUCCUCCGGUACUUCUGAGCCUUCUGUGAAUAUCCUCCAGCUCCCCACCGACCCAAACAGCGCUCUAGGGACGACCACGAGCGCAAAUGUGAGAUCCAGUAAAGGGCCGACAUUCGCGCAGGACUCGAGUGCCACAGUAUCGCCAAAUCCGAAUCUGCUACUCCUAUCUCAACACUAUACUUCGUCAACCGCUCCUUCAUUGCCAGACCAAGUAGACGAGCGCUUGGAUUAUUUUCGAACUCGGAUGUUGCCUUAUUUUCCAUUCAUAGACCUAGCCCCAGAUAUAGGAAGCCCGUACCUGCGUCAGAACAGACCUGUCUUGUUACACGCCAUUCACACUGUAACCACAUUCUCGAACCAGCAGAGAUUGGCUCAAGUCGAGGAGCUGAAACGUCUCUUGUCUACGUCCGCCUUGCUCAAUGCGGAGUCCAACAUUGACCUGUUACUGGGAUUACUGACGUACAUAGCGUGGAGUACCGAUGCCUUUCUCGGCAGAGCAGACCUUGUCUCCCGCCUUAUGAUGCUGGCGAUUUCUAUAGUCUAUGAUAUGCGUUUGUUCAAACCACCUCAACAGGACGUCCAGAUCAUGAUGGCUAUUACCCAGGGACGUGCCGAUGGGAAUGGUCCGAGCACCAGCGAGGAAACGCUCCACAACAUCUUAGAAAAGCAGCGGGCAGUGCUGGCAUGUUUCAUACUGAGCUCCAAUAUCUCGUCGCACCUUGGCAGACAUGACGCUUUGAGAUGGACACCUCAGAUGGAAGAGGCGCUCCAAGUUCUCACGCUUAAUGAGUCGUGCCCUACGGACGGGUUAUUUGCAUCUCAAGUACGCUUGCAGCUGUUGAAGCAGAAAGCGGAUAAUGUGCGACAACAGGAGGAGGCAGAUUGCGCUCUUAAUGGGACAGCUCCCGCGGCGACCUCGGCUCCACGCCUACUGUAUCUCAAGUCCCUACGAAGACAGCUACAGGAGCUAACAUCGUCGUUCCCUACCAAUAUUCCCCAGAUAGACAUUCUCCAUACCCACGCGCGAUACGUCGAACUAUACAUCAAUCAUCUGUCCUACACCAUCAGCAAAGACCCGCUACCUCUAGAUCUCUCCGGACGACUAGGCCUCGAACGUCUCGAGCGCCUAUGGCAAUCGGUAGAGAAUAUCAAGUCGUGGCUGGACACCUUCGACGCAGUCCAACCCUCCAAGCUCAUCGCCCAGCCCUUCCACUUCUGGUCCCAGAUGAUCCUGAGCCUCACACUUUUGAAGUACCUUUCCACGCUAAAAGACCCCGCAUGGGACUGCCAGGCGGUGCGCAGCACCGUCCCGCUCAUCUCGGCCAUCGACCGCAUGCUGCAGAAGCUCAAUCAGGGCAGCCAGGAGCCCGAGCUGCGGUGCGACGACCAUCUGCUUCAGUACAUCUCUAAGUUGCUCGAUCGAUGCCGUCUGUGGGCGCAAGCGCGGUGGGACAUGGCUUGUCCGGUGCAAGAGGUCGAGAUGGGAAGUGCCACUGGCUCUGUCCACAUCCCAGAUCUCGAUCAGCUCGCCUGGAUGCAGUCGGUGGAUUUGGGGGAUGAUCGGUGGUUUGAGAGUGUGUUGAGCGUGCCCAGUACGUUCGGGUAG